AUGCAGCAAAGAACUAAAUCGUUUCUUUCAAAAAUAACCCGGACAGAGGUGAUGUUCAUUAUAACAGCGCUUUUGCUUGUUCCGGUGAUCCGGGGGUUCUACACGGUUCUGAUGAUGUCUCCCCUGCUGCCAGGCACGUUUGGAGUGUUCUGCCCUGUGGUGAUGAAUUGCAUAGGAAGCGCCAUAGGCAUAUCCACAAUAAGCAAGUCCACGUCUGGAGGGUCUGUGCGGUCGCCUGCCUUGGUGAUGAAGAGUCUCCUGGGGAUUGUGCUGUGCGAGGCCAACCUCAUCUUCAGCAUUCUGAACUUCUUUUUCCUGAAGGAGAAGUCGCUGGAGAUAUCAAGGGAAAAAGAGCUCACGCUCAGAAGCCUGCAGGCCUCCUGGGGAAUACUCGCAAGCGGCCUUGUGUGUGGAAUUUGCGGAAUGGUUUCUUCUUUUGGAAGCGCAGUUGUGAACUCGUCCAGCUCGAUAUCAAUAGCGAGCAACUCCAAAAUGUUUUCCAAGCUGGUCAGCCUGCAGCUUAUUGUGGGCGGAGUCGGCAUAUUUGGGACGAUAGUGUCCCUGUUCUUCCUGCGGCUCCCCAUCGUAGAAACCAGAAAGUAG